CGGGGAAUUGCGAGAGAGGCGCGGCGGAGCUCGUUGGGAAGAAUCGUCAAUUCCGCCGUCUCCGAGAUGUCUCUGUUGAAGAGAGAAGACUGUAAACGUACCAAACAUGAUUCUGCUUUCUCCGAUUGGAAGAUCCUUAUUGGGCCAAGCAACUGGGAGGAUUAUUUAUUGAACAAGGAAGGUGCAGAGAGAUACAGGACUCAAAAUCUUCCAAAUUGUUCUUCUUGUCCAGGGGUUUAUGAGCUCGGAAUAGCUGUUUCGCUCCCACGAACAGAGGAGAAGAGUAGUAGCAGACUUGGCUCGAAAAGCAUAAUUCCUGUUUAUGUUGGACAAGCUGACAAUGUUAGGACUAGACUUCAACGGUAUGGUCGUGACGGUGCUCAUUUGGAGAAUGGUUGGUUUAAUGGAGAGCAAGAUGCCCAUAGAGUACAAGGAUUGUUCUCCGGCAUAUUCUCACAAGGGUUUGCCAUUGCGUAUAGAUGGGUUCCGAUGAACACUAAGAAGGAUGCCAAGAAAACCGAAUCUGAGCUUUUGAAAACCUUUGAUUACGCAUGGAACAGAGGGAUGAACGGGGAGCGUCGCCCUGGUGACAUACAUCAAAAGCUCAAUGCCGCUGCUUCAAGUGCUAAAAGGGUACCUCUGUUGUUCAAGAAAUUUCAUGUUCUCCAACCAAAGAAGGUCGGUGUUAGUAUCAAACGCUGCGACUCAAAUGUAUUGGAUAACGGGUCUAGCUUCUAUACCAAGCAAACGGGCACAAAUUUCCUCCCGAGCGUCUUCAAAUUCAGCCGAACACGCCCUACAUUAGUAUCAAAAGAGUGCGAUACAAAUAACAAUGAUGGCAAUACAUGCGGUGUGGCCUUGGGUCAUGGAUCUAUAUGCACCAGGCCUCCGGUUGAUGGAAGAAAGAGAUGUGCUGAUCACAAAGGGAUGAAAGUUAACGCAUGUGUAAGACCUUGUUCGCUUACUAACACCGAGAACAUCCUUCACCUUACUUGUGGGGUCACCUUAGAUGAUGGUUCUCUAUGUACAAGAGUGCCCGUUUUAGGGAGAAAACGAUGCGAGGAGCACAAAGCAAUGCGAGUUAAUAGUCCCGUUCCUAUACACUUCGGCCGGGAUGUUGGUGCUGAUUCGUUGACUUGCAUAGCCAUUACACUUGAUGGUUCCUCUUGUAGAAGGAAAGCAGGUAAAGAAAGCAUGUUUUGCUGGCAACAUGAGCAAUGAGGUCCAAGAUUAAUCACUGAUCUCAUCGAUCAGACUGUUAAAAACAUGUUCCUGUUAAAAAAACCUUCUGCGAAGGGUUGGAGAUACAAUCGUGCAUCAAGUCACAAAACCAGCUUCUCCUUUGGAGGUAUGUAUCCAUAGUUCCAUAUAAUCCAUUCCAUGUGUUCCUUUUUUAUUGUUGUGGAAGUGUUUUAUGUGGUUUUCCCAUUGUAAUAAAAUGGGUUUGGUGUGUAUUGUAAUAAAAUGGGUUUGGUGUGUAUUGUAAACUCUAUGUGUUCUUAAACAUGUCAUUAUAUGAUCAAUAAAAU